ACAUUGAAACGCUUAGCCUGGUAGCUUAAGUAACGUUGCGGUUAGCUACUAGCAAACCGAGUAGCUGUGUAGUAGUAGCCGUGUAGUAGUAGUAGCCGUGUGUUUAGAACCCUGUUUAGGCCUUUGGUCAAUAGUAUUAAAACGUUAUCGAGAACGAACACUUAAAACAUUUACCCGGUUUUCCUCGGCUACUGCUCUUCGUGGUUUCGUAGACAAUAGUGCAAACUGUUGUUUCGAGCCCAAAAACCUCAAAGUACCCGAGGAAAGAUGGAGGCGCCACCUGUUACUGUAAUGCCUGUCACUGGGGGCACAAUUAACAUGAUGGAGUAUCUGUUACAAGGGAGUGUGUUAGACCAGGCCCUGGAAAGCCUCUUGCAUCGCCUUCGAGGUCUGUGCGACAACAUGGAACCUGAGACUUUUACCGAUCAUGAGUUGGUUUACCUUCUCAAAGGCCAGCAAGGAAACCCCUUCAUUUUGCGUGCCCGCCGUUCCCUCUCCCACCCAACUGCUCCAUGGCACCUACGCUACCUUGGUCAAUCUGAAGUGGGAGACAAGAGUCGCCACGCUUUGGUACGCAACUGCGUUGAUGUUGCUGCCUCUCACAGCCUUCCGGAGUUCCUCAAUGAGAUGGGCUUCCGCAUGGACCAUGAGUUUGUCAGCAAUGGACACAUAUUUCGUAAAGGUGCAAUGAAAAUUGUGGUCAGCAAGCUGUCACGCAUACUUGUACCAGGGAAUACAGAAAACACUGAGCAUCUAUCACUUUCAUACCUGGUGGAGCUGAGUGUGUUGGCUCCUGCAGGACAAGACACUGUGUCAGAGGACAUGCGCAGCUUUGCUGAACAACUCAAACCCCUGGUUCACUUGGAAAAGAUUGACCCUAGCAAACAGAGACAUUAGCCAGUUUUCCACAAAAAGGAACUCUCUCCGGGUGACUGGGAACCUUGGGAGGGACUCCAUGAGUUUCCACCAGAGGAACUAGGUCUAAGUCAACUUCUGAGGGAAUUAUUUCACUCUCAAAAAAGUUCCUUCUCAGGGCAGUAUGUUUUGAAAAUUCAGUAACAUUGGUGUUGGGGCUUGCAGCAUUGAACACAACUGAUUGGGCAAGCAGCCUCCUGCCACUAUUUUAUUUAACUGCCUGAUCAGCUAUAGCUGAUGUUAUAGAGAGGGAGGUUGUUGUCAAGUGGGAUAGUUUAUGAAUAAAAGAGGUUGGGGGGACUAAACAAAGUGGUGAGUUAGAGGAAUAAAAUAUUUUCUUUUUGUAUUGUUUCACAAUGCUUAUGUUCUAAAGCAAAAUUAAACAUGGUCACACUUUUAUGAAGAAAAA